GGGCGGUGACCGUCUGAAGCUGCCGUAUGGGUCUGGCGGAGGUAGAGACAUCCGGGUACAGCUGACUGGUCUAUAUGGUGGAAGUCAUUCUCUUUGCCAAAAGGAACUUUCGACUGCUUCCAGACUAAAUAACAGGAAGAUGUGUGAAGUAGAGAUUGGCACUCGUGUGUAUGCAAAGAUGUGUCUUCAUGCUGCAAGGUAUCCACACUGCACUGUUAGUGGGGCCCUUGUGGGCCGCAGAGGGAAUGGAUGUGUCACCUUAUGUGAUUGUGUGCCUAUCAAUCAUCUCUACCUUCCCUUGGCGCUCAGUUUAGAAGUGGCUCUCACACAGAUUGAUUCAUGGUGCGCUCCCCAAGGCUUGGUUAUCGCUGGUUAUUACCAAGCAAACGCCGGGCUGAAGGACAACAGUCCUGGUUGUGCUGCUCAGCGUACGGCGUCUCUAAUUUCAGAAUAUCAGGAAGAUGCUGUGUUAAUAAUGCUAGAUAACGAGCAUCUGUCUCUGAAUCCCGGGGUCCCUCCCCUUACUGUUUUGCACCAGAACAGCAGCAAAGACUGGGUACCCAAGGAAAAGACAUUGGUCAUGUGGGGUCAUUGGGAGGAGACCCAACGAAUCACAAGGCAGCUUCUUCACGCUAAAGCCUAUCAACGACUGGUUGACUUUGACACUCACCUGGAUGACAUCAGGGCUGACUGGACCAAUCAGGAACUGAAUUUGGAAAUCGCACGUCUGUCUGCAGCAGCAAACGGCCGCACCUAGGUUUUAGGAUUCCUGCUUUGGGACAGGUUUGGGUUUAUCUGUCCGCUGUCUCUGCCGCUCCCAUUGAUGGGUGAAUGUACUCGUACAUCUAUACAUUUUGCACAUUUUAAAGAACAGAAACGCAUAUAGAAGUAUUAGCCCAAGAGAGGAUCUGGUCUUAAGUGAAGGUUGAUAC